AUGCGAGGCGUCGUCGCCGGUAUCCCAAUUGAAAUACCUCUGGCCAACUCGGAGUUAAAUUUCCUCAUCUUGUCUUAUAUCGCAAUGGAUGAUAAGUUGGACUUCGCUCAGGAGGAGAACAUUACUCCCUCUAAAAACCCUGUGCAAAAGAUUGAGCCUGUGCAUCGCGAUCCUCAUGGAUUUCCUGUUAUUCCACAACCCACAAUCCAUAAAGAUGACCCAUUGAAUUGGCAUCCAGCACUGAAAUUGAGUGUUUGCCUUCAGAUCAGUUGGCUCGCUCUCCUGGGGCCUCUGUCAGCCGCCGUCGCAAAUCCGGCAUUUCGUCUGAUGAGCAAUGCGUUUGGCUUAACAGUCAAGGAGGUUAGCUACGAGCUGACAGUGUUUCUUGUUUGUGCCGGGGUCGGACCAUUGGUUGUGGCUCCUUUUGCCAAUGCAUAUGGUCGUCGACCUGUGUACUUGCUAGGUAAUCUUCUUGCAGCAAUCACGAAUAUUAUUGCAGGCUAUUGUGACACAUGGGAAGGUGUCAUGAUUACUCGUGCUUUCAAUGGUUUGGGUGCUGGCGCUGUGAUAUCAAUGGGUGCAGCAACAAUCUGCGACCUAUACUUUGUGCAUCAGCGCGGAGCCAACUUCUUCACCGAGCUCUACGGAUUUACUACUGCUCAAACAGGACUGAUGCUGAGCAUACCCCUUUUGAUCGGAGGAGGAGCUGGCGAGCUUAGCGCAGGAUGGGUAACGGAUUGGCUUUCGAAUCGCCAUGCACAGAGACACAAUGGCGAGCGCCUCCCUGAAGCCAGAUUAACUGCUAUCUGGGCGGCGCUAUUAGUUCCGAUUGGCGUUAUCAUUGAGGGAGUAUGUCUGUCACAUACAGACACCAUCAGUUGGAUCGGCAGUGCGUUUGGGAUGGGCAUAGCGAAUUUUGGCCUUCAAAUAGCUACGACAACCAUAUAUGCCUAUCUUACCGACUGUUACAAACCCCAAAGUGCAGAAAUAUCGACGAUUUUGAAUCUCUUCCGGCAGAUAUUCUCCUGUCUUAUAUCUUUCUACGCUAUCCCAUUUGCGGACCGCAUUGGAGUCCAAUUUGCCUGGCUGACCUUCGCUAUGAUUAUCGCGGUCCUUUUCAUUCCGAUCAUUAUGCUAAGGAGUUCUGGUUCAAAAUGGAGAGAGCUUCACUCCCAGUCAUCUCCAAAUACUGAAACUUAG